CCGGCACGAGGGGUGUGUGAGGGGUGGGUCCCCGGCUGCCCCGGGCGCGCCCUCCCUGCGCCACUGAGCCUUUUAACGAGGCGAUGAAAGAUUGAGUGGGGCAGGAACCUGAACCCGGUCUGUAACCGGGGCCUUCCACCGGUCCGCCCCGUUUCCCGCUGCAGAGGAAGCGGCGAGGCCGCCGCCGCCGCUCCCGGCGGAUGUCCGGCCGCGGCCAUGGCGCUGGCGGAGGCGGGAGCCCGCGGGCGGCUCCUGCGCUGGCCUCGCGUCCUCCUCUUCGGAGACUCCAUCACUGAGUACUCCUUCCAGGAAAAUGGCUGGGGGGCAUACCUUGCUGAGAGACUGGUCAGAAAAUGUGAUGUUGUGAACCGUGGGAUCUCGGGGUACAACACCAGAUGGGCUAAAUUGAUUCUUCCAAGACUGAUCACUGAAAGUACUAGUGCUGACAGUAUUGCUGCAGUUACUAUUUUCUUUGGAGCUAAUGACAGUGCUUUGAAAGAGCUGAACCCUAAGCAGCACGUUCCUUUGGAGGAGUACGCUGCCAACCUGAAGAGCAUGGUGCAGUACCUGAAGUCAGUAGACAUUACUGCGGACAGGAUUAUUUUGAUAACACCACCACCUCUUCAGGAAUCAGCUUGGGAAAAGGCAUGUCUUGCCAAAGGUGACAAACUGAACCGCUGCAAUGCCACCACCGGGCAGUACGCCCAGGCCUGCGUCCAGGUCGCCAGGGAAUGCGGCACGGAUGUGCUCGACCUCUGGACCCUGAUGCAGAAGAAUCAGGAUUUCUCUUCCUAUUUGUCUGAUGGUCUUCAUUUAUCAACAAAAGGCAACAGCUUUCUAGCAGCUCAGCUUUGGUCACGCUUGGAAAACAAACUGUCUGCUCUUCCUUCACUGCUUCCUUACUGGCGUGACGUGGACCACACGAACCCCGAGGCCAGUCUUCUGUGACAUCCCUGCAGGGAGGAGCCAGGGCAGUCAUGCCAGACAGAGCCAGCUCAUUAUGCAGCAAGGUGCUUCAGACUGUAUCCUCAGGGAACAUGGCACUGGGGAGUCCCCAGCAAUGCUCUUCUCUGUCCUCUUCUCUUGGGUCUGUGGGAGAAUAAAGGUGAGACCACUUA